AUGCAGAUGCACCUAAACAGCUUGGAGAAGGGAAAGAAUACAUUACAUCAAGUUGAGACGAGCAUCUUCUGUCCUUCAAAAUCAUUUGUAUUGCUUGUUGGAUUUAGCCGUGGUUGCAAGCAGUACUCAAAACUCAUCUUAGAUCUGGUAAGAACUGCUCGCACCAUCACUGUAUCAUCAUCAUCUUUCAGAUAUAUUGAGGGAACUGUCGUCCAUCUUCCACAUGAACUGCUCCGAUCUUGGAUAUAUGUAACGAUAGACUUCUUCCGGACUUCGAGAGCUGGCCAAACCAAAGUUCAAACAUAUGGACCACAUCUCUAUGAACCCUACAAGUCUCUGGAAGUCAUGUGGGCACACAGUGAGCAAUCAAUGCAUCAAUCUUAUGCUAUUUAUGGACAAGCCCUAAAACCAUAUGGGCCAUGCUGGGGUGUUUUUGUGAUGACAACAACUAAUGCUGAUAUGACCGAAUCCCACUGACUUCAACGUGACAUGAGCAUUUCCCCGAGCAGCAAGUAAGUAGUAAUUUUCGUUGUGCUCAGCCACCCAGGAACUCGAGGAAGAAGACGAUAAUGGCAGAGAAUAGGAGCAACAAGACA